AUGUCGUUCGGGCAUCCGGGGAUCAGUGCUUUGGAAUUCGCUGGUGGUGCUACCGGCACCGGGUUGGAAGAGCGAGAAAGUAGUACACCUUCAGCGCUGAAGAGCAAGGGAAAGGCGAAAGAGAGGACGGGCUCGAUCGCAAGUACAACAACAACUACUGCUACUGUUUCGACUCCCUACAAACAAGGGACUGACUACCCAUCUAUCGACGCGCACCUCUCCCCAUUUCUCCCAGAAGUACAACAACAGCGACGUCGAAAGGGCGCCUCUUUCGUGAAUCACACACCGCGCCGCUUCGAACUCAGGAAGAAAGCAAAGGCCACAACCAUGGGUCUAGGUAUCGACACGUCGGGCGAUGCUACUGGAGCAGGGACGAGGAAGACGGCUAGCUGGACGCAGUAUUGGCAUCAGUCUCCGCCGAGGGAUUGGAGCCUGAGCGAGGCGUUGAGGAAGGAGGGGUUGGAGAUGGGUGUGGAGAGUGAGACCGGGACAGCGGCGGGCAGUGAAGGGAAGGAGAGGGAGACGGAGAGGGACAGGGGCUCUGAGAUUUCGAAGAAUUCGCAGUUCUUGAGAAUGGGGGAGAUGCCGGGGCCGCUGUCGAGUAACCCCGUGCUGGUCACGUUCCCCGAGCAGUCGACACGCGCGGUAGAGGAGGGUGAAGCUUCGGAGAGCGAGCGUUCUGAAAGGGUGUCGAGUGGUUCUGCCACGACUCCCGCAAGGUACCAGCAGAAGGAUGCCCAUAGUAACAGAAAACUGAAGAGAAGACGGAGACAGACGCCUUUCAAGAUUUCCGUUCCGGCGAUUGAGUCGUUGAAGGCGAUGGGUAGUGGUAGACACUCGCCCCUGGAACCGUGGGUUGCGAUGCAUAGACGGGAGGCUGAUAGGGAGACCGAUGCCUAUACGCAGCACAUGGUGGCUCAAGAGGAACCCGCUGUUGGCGAAGAAAGAGGAGGCACGGUAGAUGUCGAAGACGACGCAGAACCAGGAGCAGAAGGACAGGAUCCCGACUCUCCCCCUCUUCUAGCCUUACAAUCGUACUUCGACAGCCAGGCUUCAGCAUCCACUGCAUCACCCCAAUCAUCCGACCAUCCCACGUGCUCGGGAACCUCCGCACCCACCACGCAGCACAUCCCACUACCUCGUCGACCAACUCCUGAAGACAAGACCCAGAAGUCCAAAACCGAGCACCAACCCCCAAUCUUCCUCAUCGACGACAUAGCCGUCUCCCACACGCCCGACUUACCAUCCCGGAAUCCCAAUCGCCUCACUGGAGAGAACCCACACUCGCCCUCCCAAACCCACGCCUCUCCCACCUCCGGCAUCCGAGACAGCGACUUCACUUCCGCCGCCAAAGGCCAAUACUCCCCGUACUCCCCCUCCCAGCGCACCCCAGCCGUCUUCUCCCCUCCCACUUCCCCUACCAAUCGCAUCGCAAGCAACAGCGGCAACGAAACUCCCUAUGGGCCGCAACCGGUUAACAUGCCCAAGCUCCGCACCGUGGACGGACGCAUCCCUUCGAACCUCGUCGUCGGGCGUGUCGGCAGCAGUAGAUUGGGCCGCAUGGCACCUCCGAUUCUGGGCCACGAGGCUUUGACCGCGACGGCCGUGCUGAAUGAUUUGAGUUAUUAUCUUAAGAACACGGGCCCGCCUAGUGAGAACGCUUCGGCGGGGCGGUCCCGCGCGGCGGAGAAGAGGCGGGGUGGUGCAGGGGGUUUUCGGAUCUUUAAAGUCAGAGGGGUGGGUAGUGGAGGUGGGAGUGGAACGGCCAAGAAGGGGAAGAAGAGUAACGAAAGUAGUCUCGCCAAGAGGGUUGGCAGUGUCGAAGGGUCGCCGCACAGGGAUCGGGAGAAGGAGCGGAAAGAGGCGGUGGUGAGGAAGACGCCGGCUUGUGCGAGGGAGAUGAUUACGUCGGGAGGUGCGAAACAUUUGCGGAUUGUGAUACCGUACUCUCCUGAGGAGCAGGAUGCCGUUGGGGUGAAGGGAAGGGUAGAGUUGGAGGGCUGUGCUGUUGUAGGUGAGGCCAAGAAGGGGGAUGGAAUGUGGACAGAUGAGAUGUUGAAUCCGUUGGGAAGCGAAGCCGUGGAGAGGGCCAUUGAAGGGAAGAGUUCGUGGCAACGGGUAGAAGAGCAAGGAAACGAGAGUCAGAGGACAGCGACCAGAAGUCCGAAACGAUCGCCCAUUGAAGCAAAACCAAUCCCCGUGCAUGAGCACCCACUCUUGACAAGAGAAGAACAGACACGCGCAAGGAAACUGAGAGAUCUGGAAAGAGUAAAGAAACAACUCCUCCUCGCGCAUGCAGGCAUGAAUGGCAAUGCGAAGCUCAAAGGGGUAGGCCUGGAGAGACAAGCCAAACCUCCAUCGGUCGCCCGUCCUCCAUCAGGCGAGGACAAUGUCAUCAAGAGUUGCAACGAAGCCCCAGCCCCUGAGGGCCUCGACGCCGCGUCUGCCAAAAUCAGAACCCUGCAGCAGAAGGUGAAUGUGCUUCAGAGACAGAAUAAGCAGCUCGCUGAGGCGUUGGCAUGGAUAGUGGGAUUCGAGGUGGAGGACGAGGAGGUGGAUGUGGAAGGGUUGUUGAAAGUUUAUAGGCAGAUGAGGAAGGGGAGUGGAGGUGAUGCCUUUGGAUAUGGGGGUGCAGGUGGGAUGGAGCAGAGAAGGGGGAGGGUGUUUACAAGGUAA